GGUGUGGAAUAAUGAGCCGGUGGGCACUUGUCGGCCUCGCAUGCGCGGGGGUGACAGCCGCGGCUGUGCACACGAAAGCCAUGUGCAUCGCGACACACCAUCGAGUUCUCUUCAUGCAGGCCCUUCAUCUCUCGUCUGGGCAAUGCAGGGCCGACGACGAAACUUACUGGAGUGACUUGAAUGCAGGAACCAAUUCGCUGCAGACGUAUGUUCCACCUCGCGCUCACGUUCGGCCGAACCUCGCGUCGAAUUGGGCGGUGGCAAUUGCGCCGGGGGAUGCCAUUCAAAAGUAUCAAUUGAUCGAGCGGACAGCCGUGCUAGGUCUCUGCGGCCACGACGCGUUCGAACAUCCCACGUCGUUGGUGGUGGUAGGCGACGACGACGCGCCUCAUGCCACCACCUCUUCACCAUCGUAUCGCGUACCUUGGACCCAAAUGCAGCUGGGAAUGGAUGGUCACGAUGAGCCGCUCCUGCUGGAAGGUCCUUCCCUCGAAUACCAAUGCUCGACCGACCACAUCGAGUCGAUCUUCGUGAACCAGAAUUAUCGCCUUCGCAAGAAAUUCGACGGCGGCGCCCACGGCGAAGUGUGGCGCGCCAUCCGCACGUCCUACGACGAUGUCGACGAUGACGACGACGACAACAACGCACAUGAAGAAACAACGUCGUUUGUACUCAAGCGCAUGUUUGUGGAACUGGGCGAAGCGACGCAUUUGAGUGGCCAGCGUGAAGUGCACUUUGGCCACCAGUUGCGGGGAGAGCCCCACGUUGCCAGGUUUGUCGAGUCGUUCUAUCGAGACUCGGUGGUGGUCGAUGCCAAUGCAACGUCUCUGCAAGAGCUCUGGCUUGUGUUUUACGACGAAGGCAUUUCACUGCGCCAUUACAUGUACUCGAAAACCAAAUCCCACAUGUCUGUGCUCGUUGAACCCUCGCUGUUUUGGAAACGCAUGCGAUUGGAAGACGACGGCGCGGGCGUGUACAAGGAGAUCCUCCGGCAACUUCUAGAGGCCGUGGCGGUUCUUCAUGACCAAGGCAUCACCCAUCGGGACAUCAAACCAUCCAACAUCCUCAUUAGCCAGGACGACAACUUUAUUGUCAAGCUUGCCGAUUUUGGAUCGGCCGUGGAUACAUUCACACAUGAGCACUUGUACGGCGCAAAAGGACCGAGCCAGGCCGAAGAAACCCGCGAGUACCAGCCCCCCGAAGUGCUUUUCCAUGGGGACGACGUCCCGUACGACUACGCGGCGCCUACUUCGUAUGACUUGUGGUCCGUGGGGGUGGUUGCGCUCGAGCUGCUGCUCGGGUCUCCCCAUGUGUUUUCCAUUUCAUCACGAGCUCGGGCCAAAGUCGACCUGCACUUGCGAGACAAGUCGGAAGCCAUCCGCACCAAGAGCUACUUGCUCCAUGUGCUCACAGAGUUCUGCAUUUUCCAGCCGCCGUCGCUUGCGCGAUAUCACGCAGACUAUGCGUUGGUCCAUCGAUCUUGUAACUUUGGAACGUUCAACACGACGAUCCAGGCGCGGGAUCCGCUCGGGCGGGGGCUGACGGACCCAUAUGGGCUGCAUCUGCUAUGGCAACUGCUGCAAUGGGACCCCGCCAAGCGCAUUUCAGCGCGGGAGGCGCUCGUCCACGCGUACUUUCAAGGGCCGUACGUGUGCAACGAAACAGGCCGCCAUUUCCCAACCGAGGCCGACUUGGUGCUCCACCAAGCGUUUCUACAUACCAAGCGGACGCUCCACCGGUCGUUCGUCCUCCAGCGGCACGACGACCUCCCCGACGAGUACUUCUGCUCGUGUGGCCGCGCCUUUUCAAGUGUCGACGCAUGCAAUCGGCACCUGCACGCAAGACGGCACGCGACGCCGGAGCAGUCGACGUGCCGGUACGCCGCCGCCAAGUUGCGCGAGCAGCUGCCGCCUCCUCGACCUGUGGUCGACUCGACAGCGUUCGCGCACGGGCACGCCAUGUUCAACGGACGACGGCGGUACAUGGAAGACACGAUUGCGAUCGAGUCGCAUCCAGCAUACGACUUGUACGUGGUAUUGGAUGGCCACAUGGGGCUAGGAGCAGCGACGUUUGUCCGCCAGCAUAUUGGGGCCACGUUUGCGCUGCUCUUUGCAGACAUUGUGGGGCGGCCUGCCAAUAGUAGUAGUAAUAGUAGUACUAGUUCGACAACGAGCAAGGCCCAACAACGACAGAGGCUGCUGGAGGACCUGGCGUUACGGCAAACGUUGGCGGACGUGCACGCGGCAUUCUUGGCCCACGCGGACGACGGCGACUUUUCUGGGACGACGUGCACAUUGGUGGUGCAUUUCCGCCACGACCGGCGGCUGGUUGUGGCCAAUGUCGGCGACUCCCGCGCCGUGCUGUACACAGACGGAAUGGAUCAUACACAGGACAAUUCACGCCGAGCCCAUGGUGUGCAGCUGACUCAAGACCACUCACCCCACGACCCUGGCGAGCGCCGCCGCAUCGAGUCUAGCGGAGGUAGUGCAUAGUAGGUGUCGUACCGUGUCACAUGAUUGAAGAAUGGACGGGUAGGCUUUGUGUCGUUUGUGGGCGUGUGGCGGGUGAUGGGGCAGCUGGCCGUGUCGCGGUCGCUCGGGGACCGCCACCUGAGUCAGUACGUGAGCUGUGACCCGACCAUCUACCAUGUGGCCCUGCCGCCGUCCUCCGGCUUUGUCGUCGUCGCGUCCGAUGGGGUAUGGGAAAGCAUGACGAGUGCCGACGUCGGCCAGUUUGUGUCGGAGCGACUGAGGACGGACGCCGACUUGUACGAAAUCGCAGCCGACGUGGUGGUGGAAGCGUUUGUGCGCGGCAGCAGCGACAACCUGCUGGCGCUAAUCAUCGUUUUCGACGACAGUAGUUCAGAGGACUAGUCUAAUACUUUAGUAUGAUGGACUACACCUACUUGGAUAGUACUAAGUUUGUACUAUUUAUAGUAGUACUAGACAGGCAUAUGGACGAUUAUAUGC